UAAAGGUAGGUAGAAAUAAGUGCACUCAGUUUAUAUGACCACACAACUCCACAUUUACACACUGUAUCAUAGUUCAUCCAAAACUAUGUUUGAAUAAUUCCAUGAAGAUAAGCUUGUAUAUAUUCCUUUAUAGUUCUCAAAUCAGACUGGUUCACAGAACAGUCGCUUGCCCUGUGUCUGAAAAUAGAAUGAAAUAAUAUGUACACACUUUAUGGUUUUUUUAUAUGUGUGUCUGUUGAUAUACAUAUAUGUAUGUCAUGCAAUUAUAAAUACACUGUAUUAUAUAGAAACUUUCUGAAUUCAGACCUCUGUAUUAAAAAUUAGGAGCUGGACUAAAACUGAAGUUCUGCACAAUAAUGAAUAAAGCAGCUCAUCUUCCAAACUAGAUAUUAAAAACAGUAAAAAGGAAAAAAUUUCUGUGGAGGAGCACAUUGAAAAUUUGUACAAUGUGUACAAGUACUGUACGAAUUUCUAAAAUGCCAGAUUUUAAAAAAUAUUUAGUCGCUUAUUAGAGUCUGCUAAAAUGAUAGGCAACCACUGAAUUUUUACAAAAGAUCUGACAGUCAAUAAUGGCACUCACAGAACAUGAAUUUAACAUCACAUGUGCUAGUUCUGACAGAAAAAAGAGACACAAUCAGACCAAAGAACAGCUGCUGCUUGAACCACAGUCUCAGUGUACCAAUUGUUCCUGAUAACCCAGAGCAUGAGACUACUUCAAAAAAGAAAGUUUCUCCUACUGCUUCAAACAAAACUGCUCAUAGCAACCUCUGAUGUGGACAUAAUCUGACACAGAGGUACCAUCCAUCCAUUUUGUUCUUUCUGUGGGAACAGCUCAGCUGUUAAGUACAUCUAUCCAGUACAAAUGUUUCUACAACACAAAUUUCAAAGGAAUUGUAAAAUCCAAACAACAUAAGUCUUUCACGUAGACAGAACUUACAAAACUGAGCAAAAAUACUGGCUGGAGAAAGGAAAGAAAAUAUCAAUUAAUGGUGCUGAUGAAGAAAAAACCCACAGCAAGUUUCCAGUGUUAGAACUGCUGAUCCCAUGCAUAUAUUACUGGAAUGUUUUUCUGUAGUUGUCUAGCUUCUCUGAAAGCAAGAGUUAAAAAUAGAAAGAAAAAAUAAUUAAAAUUACUGAAAUAUGAAGCACAAUAACUUAUUUAAAAACCAGGUGACAAAAAAACUUGACAUAUGGAAUCUGCAGCGAAACACACAUAAAUUAUUUCCCAAAGCUGAUUUUUAAUUCUUCAGGUGUUCAGAGCAUCAGCCUUUGCUAUGGGUUGCACCUAUGAGGAAGACUACAGAGAUAUAGAAAAAACUUGUGUUCACAUUGAGUAUAAGAAAAGUUAAUCUUUCUGAACAGAGCACAUACAUAAUUCACAUGUCAAAUCAGCUCCUUGAACAGGAAUUCUAAAGGCACAUGCAUAUCUAGGAAAUAUAAUAAGGUAUUACCCCCACAAAAUAAGGGAUAAGAAAACAACCAGAGUCCAUGUGGCAUAACCUAAUCACCUCAAUUUUGCAGAAAUGCUCGUGAGAAAUAAGGGCUCUUUGGGAGUUAGAGACACAUCUUUAACAAAAAUUUCUAAAGGAAAAAAGCACAUAAUCUAGAAACAGUGUACUGCUUCAGAGCCAAAGAGCUCAAUUUGCAAUCUCAAGGCCAGUGGGCAAUAAUUUCUGCUUCUGAAACAAAACACAGCACUCCUCAGUUCCAUUAUAGAUGCUGUUUUCUUUAGACCCCAGGAAAGCUGCUUGGUUACUAUAGCAACAGAUACAGGAGAAAGCUUUUCAUUUGUAAAUGGCCACUCCUUUAAAAUAAUACAUGCUAUUUUUCCCAUACCUUUUAAUAUGCAUCAAAUAGAGAGUAGAACUAUGAAAGCAAAUAGAGUACACAAGAGCACUUAAAAUUCACUAGUUGAUUUGAUGAUAAUUUUACUACUAAUGCUUUUCCCCCCACCAAUUAUGUUAGAAAUAUUUACAAAAUAACACUGAAGUCUUACAAAAUAAUGAAUAUGAAAAUCAUUCAACUGAUACAUCCCAAACUGUCAACAGUACAGCAAUUAUUCACCCCUUACUGUUUUAGUGCAUCUGUACAAUGAAGGUUUAUGUUCUGGUGGGGUAGGAGGCACACAUAACAGAGUACAAUUUAAUUCACACAAGUCUGCUGCCUUGCUAAUGAAAUCAACACUCUAAAUCAGAAUAAGCUUAAAUGAGACAAUUUUUACUAAUUGUUGACAACAAAGGUCUCAUAAUGGGCAAUACAUGUACCUUGCAACGGGGCUAUAUUAAAAGCAAACCCACAUGACUUUUCCUCAAGAUGUAAUUUACUCAUAGGGAACUAAAACUGAAGCAGAACAUAUUACAAUUUCAUUAAAACAAACUGUUUGAGAUCCUACUGAGAUAGUUCUAAGCCAGCACUUUCACAAUCCAAGUAUUCAGUAACAUUUUAUCCGUCUACUACAAACAAAUGUUAGGUCUAACACCAGAUAUGUGCAACUCAUAGCAAUCUUGUCCAGAUGAGAGUUUACUUUUGGCACACUUCCAGCAGAAAGUAACUAUGCCUCUGCACUAAUAAAAAUAAUUCCUGUGCAAGAAGCAGCUCCGCAGUAACUCCAUUCACACCAGGCUCACAAACAGAAUCACAAGAGACCCGAAGUCAGAUACAGAGCCUGUGGGUAAAUCAUUGCUGCAACAAGUAAGACCUUUCUCCCAACUUCUUGGAUUUCUCAAACCAACUUGUGAAGGCCACUUCUCUGAUGUGCUGCAUUUACCAUGGAAGCCUUACCAUUAGCUUUAUUCCCUUAUUCUUUUAUUUUAGCCUUAUAGAAAGCUAACAAGUUAUAGGAUAACCCAUGGAAGGCUAAAGCUAUUAAGGAAGAGAUAAGCAAAUCUGCAGUAGAAUAGAAGUGUCCUGCUGCUCCAAUUAAAAAUUAAAAUAAAUUACACAGUUCUUUUCUAGGAAAUUUAAACUCUUAAUAAGAUUAUCUGUGAUAAAAAAAAAACAACCCAACAACUGACAAACAACAAAACUCUCUGGCUCCAGUGCAACUUAAAUUAUUUCCCCCCAGUCCGUAAGUCUACAGUUUCUGGAUUCUCCAGAUUUUACUUCAUUUAAUCACUGCUCACACUUUCCAUCGCAGAACCUGGAUAUCAUUAUGUAUUUAGGACUAAGGGCUGCCGUCUGUUUUAUUCCAUAAUCUCUUUGCUUUCCCUUACUGAGUGUUUUUCAAACAAAACUCAUUAAACAAAGUACUCCUUUAUUCUCGGGUAGAUGGAACUAAGAGAGGGAACAAACAGCAGUAAUGCACUCGCUGUGGAGAACAGAAAAAAAACAACAUUCCAAGAAAUUUUGUUAAUACAUGCCAAUGCAGUUUUAUAUGAGAAGGGAUAGUCCCAUUCAAGAGAAACUGCAUUUUCCAGGACAUCUACAGUGAAGAAAACAUCUCAGACCUCACAACCAGCACCCGCUGCAGCUUGGCUACAAAGCUCCUGGUUACUGAUUUCCACAAGAGAAAAGGAAGACUAAAGGUGACAGAAGAUAAACAUCAUGGCAUCAGCAAGCCUGCAGUUCUUUGCUUUUAUUCUGGCUCUGUUUGGUGUUUUCGGAGAUAUCGCAGCCACCUUGCUACCACACUGGAAGGUAAAUGCAGAUGUUGGCUCAAAUAUCAUAACAGCUAUAACACAGAUGCAAGGACUCUGGAUGGACUGCACAUGGUACAGCACUGGGAUGUUCAGCUGUACCCUGAAAUACUCCAUUCUCUCUCUCCCAGUCUACAUCCAGGCUGCACGGACCACCAUGGUACUGUCGUGUAUCCUAUCAGCCUUUGGGAUCUGCAUCACUACAGUUGGAAUGAAAUGCACAAAGUUGGGAGGGGACACUGACAGCAAAAAUAACGCUUGUUUUGCUGGAGGAAUCUGCUUCAUUCUUGCAGGAAUCUUUGGAUUAGUACCAACAUGCUGGUACACGAGAGAAAUUAUUUCAAAUUUCCUGGACCAGACCGUUCCAGAGAGUAGUAAACAUGAACCGGGAGGAGCAGUUUAUACUGGAUUCAUCUCAGCAGGGUUUCUGCUUAUCGCAGGUGUGAUCUUCUGCUCUUCCUGUUUUAAAAGGCAGCAAGGAACGUGGAUUUACCCUCCAAAGCAGCACCAUUUCCCAUCCACAGAGCAGGAGAGCAAUGCAGGUUACAGCCUGAAGGACUAUGUAUAAAUAAUUAUUUCUAUCCAAUGAAGUAUUUCUAUUCAUUCAAGUGGGUUUUUUGUGUGUUAACUGUAGUUUGAUUAUUUCAAAGAAUGUGUAACAUAGCACUUAACCUUUCCUAUAUCUGGGUUGCAAGGUAUUUCAUUCAUUUAUCCACAAAAAGGAAAAAGUAGGAAAAGAUAAUUGUCUGCUAUAAGAGUACUCAUUUGUUGAUUUUUCAAACCUUUCUGACUUCCCAAGUAACAUUUAUUGAAGAAAAAGGAACUAUUUUAAAAACAUAACUGACUGUACAAUUCAUGCAUCGAUAACAGCAUGUAACAGCAAACAUGAUUAAAAACUGUUUUCUGUUUAAUGAAUCAGACUUUCAAUAACAUAUGGCUUUUUAUAGUGUAUUUCACAUUUUUCUCUUGAUUUUAUGUAUGCUGCAAGGUAAAAAACCCAGAAACUAUUUGUUCAAGAAGCCCAGUUCAAAGGUUUCUAAAAAGCAGACACAUCGGCCUUUCAUUUUCAAUUGUAAAUUGCCUUGGUAAGUACAAUUUUGUAAAAUAAAAACCAACAAACAAAUAAAAAAAUACAUACACAAAAAAAUCAACCAACCAAGACAAAUCCACAACAAAAGCUCAAGGCUUCAAACCUUAGCUGUACUGUAUACUCUGCGUAUCAGGAUGAAGGAUCAGCAGUACCAUUCAGCUCUUGCCAAACCCAGCUCUCCUGCCCCAAACUGCCACCUGCUGUGGGUUUCAUUUAUUUCAUUUAUUAUUGUUAAAAAGGAAAGUGUGCUGGACAUUCACCAACUGCUACUAAUCUAUCACUACACAGUGAAUAUUAAGAGAUGAGGAGCAGAACAACAAGAGAAAUAACUGUGUAAACACCUGCAAACUGUAACAAACAGGACAGAAACCAAAUUAUGUAUGGUCAAGAAGCAUCUGUAAACGUUCUGGCUUACACUUGCUAAAGGUAGUUAUGAACAGCUCAAAUAACACAGUAACCACUUACUGUCUUCUGAUUUCCACAUUUCUAACCUUCUAAAAGAACCCUUUAAAUCCUUUUAAUUAUUCCUGUAGGAUCUGUUCGAGACCCAGUCCCAGGUAUUCUAUUAUUGUAACACAUACAACAGUGAUAAAGAGACAGCUUCUUUAUUUUUAACUGUCUUAUUUUGAAUAAUUACCUUUAACCUUAGUCUUUAACUUUUUCUUUCACCACACAGAUUUUGUUAUGUAUUGCUCAUUGGCAAAGUAUGUUCUACCGAAAUACUUCAGUAAGUGAGGACCAAUUUCAAGAAUGAAAAGGGGCAUGAUACAGGCCUUUAAAUUUAAGAAUAUAAUGCUGGACAAGUCUUUCAAUAAAAUCAACUGCUAUUUAUUCUGCGUAUUUAUACAUAACUUUCAUUCCCAUAGUACUAGUCUGAAAUUUACUCAAAGACUGUGAAGGAGCACAAACAUUACAUGUUUAGUAUGUUGGAAAAUGAUCUGUUAUAGUGUUUGGGAAAGUGGACUUAUCAUGUAAACAUUCUUUAUUCAUAGAGAAUCUUCAUUUUUCAGACACAGAACAGGAUUAUAUCUUGUUUCUAUUCUACUGUUACAUAGCUAUUUUGAGUUUCCUAUGUUUUAAUCAAGGAGCUUGUUUUGUACUAUUCCUAAUUCAAUUAUCAGUAGUUAUUACGUAUUGCAGAGACUUCACUAUGACCAAAAAGCAAAUUUCUUUUUUCCCAAGACACAAUGCUGUGCAGCACCAUUACAUUAACCAAGAAUCUUUUGUCUCCACACUCAUAGAAAUGGUGAAUUAAUAUUCAUGCAUCAAGCAAAUGAGGUAAGCAAUUCCUUCUCACAGACAUGCAUCUCCACCUUUAUAAAGGGGUUUGACAUGACACUAAGCUGUGAUCAUUACCAUGUAUGUGAGUUAAAUCUCUUUGCAAAAUUUAUAAUCAAGAGGCAUUUUUACAUGAGGGUGGAAGAAAAAGGUAAUAAAAUAGCAUGAGCAUAACAAAAUGUUCAUUGGUUACACAUGCUGCAAAUUUUUCUUCCUUAAACUUAAUAAAAAAGUAGGUGUACUUCAUAUUGCUAUGAAACAAAAAUCAAGGACAGAGUUAUUUCAUUCACAGUACGCAGCAAGAGCUUUCCAAUAAAACAGAUUCUAUGAGAAAUGGUAACAUCUAAAACUGUGUCAGUUGACAUCUAAAAGAACAAGGACAAAACAGAAGAUCAGUCUACAACAGAAGUUUGAAGGAAACAAAGUAAUAGUGAAAACAGGUGCCAGUCCUGUCUGAAAGAAUUGUACUUUCUGCUUUUGCAGUAUAAGCAAUGCUUAUUUUAACUCAAAAAAUACAUCAAAUAAAAAUAUGCCUGUCUUUAGUUGUACUGCUUUUUUUCAUUCCACAGAGCACAAAUUUCCUCUAGGACAUGCAUAUACCAGGAUAUUUAUCACAACUCUGUGUUUUACCUCUCUUGGUCAACUAUGGCCUUUUCAGUACAGGAAAAUGGAAAUAUCAGUUAGAGCUUCCAGGACACAGUCUGCAAGACUUUUAAUUACCUUAGCUCUAUUAGUACUCAAAUUGUACCCACCACUGAGAAAUCCCCAACAUAAAACUGCAAUUUUAGCUUUACUUAAAACUUUAUUUCACAUACUUGACAGUGAGAGGGCAUCCUGAAAUUAUUUUCCAUUCAGCUAGGAAAUAGGGGAAAAAUAAAAUCCUAAGCCAAAACCUCAAAGUAAAAAGUAAGAUUUCUUAAGCAUGGUCAUUUUCUUUCACAACAAACUGUUGUCACAGCUAGUAAUUUAACAUGUUUGAACAGUUACUUGCUCAAGAAAAACUAAUAGAAUUUUAAAUUUCCAUCAAAAUAUACUCAGAUAGAGGCUUUAAAAUUCAUUGUGAAAAAUUAGAAAAUAACCUUCCAAAGGUUCUCAAGAGGUAUGCCAGAAAAGUGAAAAUGACUGAGAGACUGAUAAAGGGGAAGGGAGAUGUAUUGAGGAGCUGAACCAACCAAUUUAAGAGGAACUUUCAGAAGCUGCAAGCUCAGUUCUGCAAUGGAACAGCAGUUCAACAGGACAAGUAGUAAUGGUUUUAAAUUCCCAGAGGGUUGAUUUAAAUUAGAUAUAAGGAAGAAGCUUUUUACAAUGAGGCUGGUAAAACACAGACAUGCUGCCCAGAAAGAUGGUGGAUGCCCCAUCCCUGGAAAUAUCCAAGAUCACAAGGGACAGAACUCUGAGAAACCUCAUAUAGUUGAAGAUGUUCCUGCUCAUUGCAUGGGAGUGGUCCUAAAUGAUGUUCCUUCCAACCCAAAUAUUCCUAUAAGCCUAUAAUUUCCACAUGCAUUCAGGGACACAGACAUCAGUUAAAGACAGGCACAAAAUUUUACAAAAGAAUCCAGAACAAAACAAGCUUCUUGGUCAAAAUACGUAUUUAUUUCUUAAUUUUUGAUUCCUGUACUCAAAAUGGGUACUAAUAAAAACCAGUGGCAGUAGAUAAGAGCACAACAAAGAGAUUGUUCACUCAAGAACAUAUAAGAGGGAGAAGAGAUUGUUACUUUUUUAAACUACCAGUGGGAUAUAGGUGACAAAGUGCUGUUGCAAAUAGGAGGGAGUUAGAUAUGCUAAAGAUGACUGGGGUGAAACAUAAAGAUUAUAGACAUGGUAAAAUUAGAGAUGUUUGACAAAGGUGACAAAUUAAAAGCUUUUCUUAUCACAGUCUUUCAAAAGACCCAUCAAAUUCUUAAGGCACAAUUCCCAAAUUGUUUAUAAAUGCCAACGGCAGGCUUUCCAAAAAUAAUCCAAUCCUAGCAGACUAUCCUGCCAUUAUAUCCUAAUCUCCCUCUCCAGAAUACCUAGAAAAGUAUGCUGACCUUGCAGAUAGGUUUGAAGGUCAAAGCCAA